AUGGUGGGUUGGCAGAGGCAUCUUCAGUCAGCAAUCCGUCAAAUUGGGAAAAGGGUGGAAUGUAGUUACAACCCUUCUGUUAACUUCUCUUCUUCUUCUUCUUCUUCUCGGUUAGAGGGUUUCUUGCCUUAUUUUCAAACACUUUGCAAACCAUCUUCUCCAACCAUUUCAAGGCCCCUUCAUCAAUAUUUUCAGCACUUGGGAAUUUCGAGUUCAAGGACUUUACUAGCUGAGGAAACACCUUCUCCAUCUCCAUUGACUCCUCUUCUGACAUCAAAGACUGGAAAAGAUGAAGAGCACAAGCAAAAAUCACUGACUAAACCUGAUAAAGUUCAAGCUAUCUUAAAGGGCAUCAAACAGAGUCCUAAGAAGGUUAACUUGGUUGCUGCACUAGUACGUGGUAUGCGUGUUGAAGAUGCAUUGUUGCAGUUGCAAGUGACAGUAAAGCGAGCUUCCAAAACUGUGUACCAGGUCAUUCACUCAGCCAGAGCAAAUGCUACUCAUAAUCACGGGUUGGAUCCAGACCGUCUCCUUGUUGCUGAGGCAUUUGUUGGAAAGGGAUACUUCAAAAAGAGACUGUCCUACCAUGCUAAAGGCAAAUGUGGAGUUAAAGUGAGACCGGAAUGCCGACUGACAGUGGUAGUAAGGGAGAUCACCCCUGACGAGGAGGCAGAGAUAGCCAAACUGAAAGUUAAGAAUUUCGUGAAGCUCACAAAGCGCGAAAGAAGGCUUGUUCCUCACAAGCUUAUUGAGACAACUCCAAUUUGGAACCGCAAAGGCAAAGCCCGUGAGCGUGAACGAAAUGGUGCCCCUGCAUGA